CACACUUUCACCAAGCAAGACUACUUCUAACGUCGGCCCAAUCGUAAAUACAGUCAAAUCACUACAACAAUCAGCGGCGCCAAAAGUGACAAAAAAAGCAAGACAAACAUACAAAACUGACUCCACAACGUCACACCCGCUGGGAAAGAUGGUCGAGGUAGACAGCAGUCCUUGCCUCCAAACAACACGGCAGGUUCGUGACCACAAGGAGACAAGUACACAAAAUAACUUCACAUACACACACAGGUUUCUGCACCACAGGACCCCAGAGCCGAACUAUCACGAAUGAGAUAAAGGCAAGGAUUGCAGCAAGGAGGGCUGACGGUGGUGGUGCCACCUAUCUAUCCAGCUCGUGCGUUUACCACCCACCCCCACUCAAGCACACCCUCCCCACAACCUAUUCUCCGAGGUCUCCUCCUUCUCCACCGUAAGGUUACUCGCACAGAGGAACCUGUCGUCGUCACUGCCACCAUUCUGUCACACACAAGCAAAAGAAGCAACGGCAAACAACGGGAAGCGCAAGCGCAAAGAUUCUACCGGAACGUUCUCUCCGCGACACUCUCCGUGCUCUGGGUGACCCGCACUGACGAAGGAGGUCGCCAACAAAAAAGCGGAGGAACUUGUUUGUCAUAACACUGCUCCUCCUGCCCCUGUCCGCUUCGGCUCCUCGGCUACCUCUGUUGCUAGCGCUGCUCUCUCUUCUACACGCCCCGGCUCGUUCUGCUUGUGGGCCAUGGGGUGCUCGUCUAGCCGGAUCCCCGCACAAAGUCAAGAUCAGGUGGAGCCAGUCCCCAGCGGCCUGCCCACACCGGCGACGACAGCGGCGGGAGCAGGGGGUGUGCCGCCCAAGCCAGCACCGACCGAGAGCUCGGGCUUGGACGACCUCGAGCAAACCCGCCCCGACAUCAAGACGGUCCUCAUCCUCAAGAAGAACCAGAGUUCCAUGGAGGGCCGGCAGAACCAGGGACAAAGGGACUACAUGCAGCUGCAAACAAGGGUAGACUAGACACUACAGGAGUAUGAUAGCAUGGACCAGUAUCAUGCAGAAGAGUUGCCCGUCAUAAAGGCGCCCCUCCCAGACGUUGUUUAUCGGUUUUGACGCCUUAGAAUCUAAGCACCUCGAGAGUAGUUCAGCUCUUAUGAAUUGUGAGAUUAGGAGGCGUUUUAUUUCACCUUUUUAUAUUUCAUCAGUAUGACCACAACGAAUCCAUCUCUAUCGAAGAGCAGAGUAAAAGUAGAUUAGCGAUGAAUCCAUAGUGAAAGUUCUGUUUUUCCACGAUUUCCCGAGCAGCACACAGCAGUGAUAUCAUUCACCCUUGAUCUUUGCUUGACACUGGAGAAUCCGCCGCUUGAAUGUAUCUGAAAGAGGAGUUCUUACUUCAGAAAGUUACAACCGUGCCCUCCAAGACACGCCGCCAAUCAUGCAUAGUAUGAUUUUGUUCAUCGUAUGCAAUCGAGUUUGUAUUCCACAUGCAGUAGGAUCACGCAGGCGUACGUCUUGCUUCCGGUACAAGCGGUCUUAAGCCCCAUGCUGUGUGCAUACAACGCCCUAAGCAUUGGAGCCUCGUUGAGAGAACGGGCAGUGAAAGAACACAAGAAGAUUUAACCCCCUUCAAUUGUUUGGAGGCGGCGGUUCAGGAACACCUUUCUUUGUCUGCGCUGUGCGGGUGGCUGGAUCUGAUGUUGCUGUCUUCGGUGCCCUUGCCCCCUUGCGUCCCUCUCCCUGACCCGGCGAUGGCGUGGUGGGAUGGAAAUAUUCAUUAUGUUGGCGUGCUUCAACAUCGAUUCCGGGUGCAACUCUCGUGGAACACGGACCUGUUGUUGGCGCUGCUUGUGACAAAAUGGCGUGAUGCCGCGCGCUGGCCUAUUCUGACCCAUGGGGGUCCCGGAUGAGUUGGUGCUGGUGCAUUUAAUCUGCUGGUGCUAUAUUUUUACUGAUGCUGGUGCGAUUUAAUUCUGCUGAUGCCAUCAAUGCCGCCGAUGCUGGUUCUUGGACUUCUUCGAUGCAACAGUCGUUGAUUCAUAACCUGGUUCACGACGAGUUCCGAAGGCGCAUCACGGAAGUGUACGACAUGAAGUGAGUUGCAACCACACACGCCUGUUCGCCGUUACAGUAGGCAAGCGAAGCGUCCCUUCCAGGCUUUACCUACCUUUUACGGUCUACGAUCGUGUACCUGAAGAGUUUCGAUCGAGGCAGGUCCGGAAGGAUCAAGUCCACUGCGCAUGCCUCCUUUCGUGUUUUUUCGGCGGAAGGUGUUUAGCUCCGUGGACGCUUAAUCGAGGGAUGAGUUCAGUCGCACGCAGUGGUGAAUAAUGACCCGGGGGCUGCUUUUUUAGGUACGAUUGUUAUUGUGAGUUGUUGUUGGCAUU